CGCUACCGUAUCCGUGUAACCAUCGAAAGCGUCGUGAACGUUCAGGCAGCUGUUAUCCUUUACGGUCACGAUCAGUCGCAGCUACGCUCAGAUUAACAGAGUAUCUGAGUAUUACAGAACCCGCACAUUACAUCUCAUAUUUCCAUACGACUAUCAUAGGUACUUACAUUAGCAGAUGAAUUAUUGGUAUACUAUAUAUGAAGACAUUUUUAAAUAAAACGUCAACAGAAAUUACGUCAGCAACCAAAAGAAGUGCUUGAAUAUAAUAUCAUAUUGGUACAUUUCCAGUGCGUCAUUACCUAUAAAACAUUAUGCCACAUACUGGUCAAGCUGGCGUUAACCAAUUAGGUGGUGUAUUUGUCAACGGUCGCCCAUUGCCCGACUAUGUUAGAAGGCGUAUAGUACAGUUAGCUCUGUUAGGUGUCCGCCCAUGUGAUAUAUCUCGACAACUUCUGGUUUCACAUGGAUGCGUGUCAAAAAUCCUAACUAGAUUUUACGAAACUGGCUCCAUAAGGCCGGGUUCAAUCGGUGGUGCUGGAUUACAAAAAAAUAAGACAACACAAGGUCAUUUUUCAAAGAAAAGUACCAGAUGCUGCAAACAAGACGUAUCAAACAGAAUGACCGGAUCUCUAAAUGCACCUUCUCCGAUACGCAACCUACCUUGGAUACAUCCUUUAGACUUGUACUACGAACGAAUCCACCAACACAUUCACGAAAACGGACCGACGAGCGUCGCUGGCGGUCCGUCAAACGGCCAACCAGCGCUGCCUAGCCCGAAGAAGCCGCACACACCUUACACCAUCGAAGAGAUAUUGAAACCCACGGCUCCACGGCCGCGGCCUCCAUCGCCAUGUGGAUUACUCGUGGAUGGAGUGUGCACGUGUGGUCUCACUGCAGGUAACGUUGUGUCAGCGGCGUUUUACGUCGAUGCGCAGCAGCAACAGCAGCAGCAGCAGCAUCAGCAGCAUCAGCAGUUUAUAUGCAGUCAGCCAUUACACCGUUAUUGAAACAACUCGUAUACACCCACCUACCCAUCUACCUAUUUUGUUUAUUUUUAAAAUUAAUUUUUUUUUUUUAAUAUUAUUGUGUCCGUGACGAAUAAAAAAUGUUUA